UCUCUUCGGUGUCUGAUCAGCUGACCGCUCGUCACGUGACUUCACCCGCUUCCUGUUUUCUUUUCUUCAGCUGAAACUGCACUUUUGGAGACAUUUUUUGGGAGAUUUUUACUUUCGCAAAACACAACAUCGGGUGAAACUUUUUGAUUUGCGUGGUCCGUGUUCGUUUGCGUGGCGGUCACGUGACGCGGCCGCGGGACACACCUUUUAAUGCCGACUUUUUUCAUGUUAAACAAAAAAUAUGCGGCCAAGUUCUGCCAAAAAUUGAAGGAUUUCUGGAUUGUUAACCAAGCCGAUGUUUUCCUGAGAUAUUAAAGAUUCAGAAACGUCUUAACUUUUUAACCUCUUUAAAAUCUGCUUGCGAAAACCAAUUUUGUAUCUUCGUCUUGGAAAAAAAUGCCGUCAAAUAAAUCUGUGUCUGACGCCCCCAUCUGUCAGUUUGUGAACUGCAGGAUCCUGAGAGACCACAGACUGCAGAGAGAGGACCUGUGGGUGCGUGAGGGGCAGAUCUUGGACCCAGAGAAGUUGUUUUUUGAUGAAAAAGGAUUUGCAGACAAACAAAUCGACUGUGACGGACUCAUCAUCGCACCGGGCUUCAUCGACGUACAGCUCAAUGGUGGUUUUGGAGUGGAUUUCUCUCAGUCUUCCUCAGACGUCGCUUCUGGAGUUCGUUUGGUGGGACACAGGAUCCUGGAGCACGGAGUCACGUCCUUCUGCCCCACACUGGUCACCUCGUCCCCCUCCGUCUACCACCAGGUUCUUCCUCAGAUCUCAGUCCAAAACGGAGGAGCACACGGAGCCGGAGUCCUGGGCGUGCACGUGGAGGGCCCCUUCAUCAGCGCUCAGAAGAAGGGGGCCCACCCGGAACAGUACCUCAGGACCUUCUCGUCCCCCGGCCUGUCGGACCUGCUGCAGACGUACGGGACCCUGGAGCCGGUGCGGGUGGUGACUCUGGCCCCGGAGCUGGAGCACAGCGGGGGGGUGGUCCGGGAGCUGAGCCAGCGGGGGGUCACCGUGUCUCUGGGUCACUCCACUGCAAACCUGAGUCAGGCCGAAGAUGCGGUUCAGAGCGGAGCCUCGUUCAUCACUCACCUGUUCAACGCCAUGCUGCCUUUUCACCACAGAGACCCGGGCAUCGUGGGGCUUCUGACCAGUGACCGAGUUCCCGCCGAGAGGACGGUGUUUUACGGCAUGAUCUCAGACGGAAUCCACACCAACCCCGCCGCCCUGCGCAUCGCCCACAGAGCUCACCCAAAAGGUCUGGUUCUGGUGACAGACGCCAUCAUGGCCAUGGGGCUUCCUCCAGGACGCCACACUCUGGGACAGCAGGUCAUCGAGAUCCAGGGACUGCACGCCUACGUCGCAGGAACAAAGACUCUGAGCGGGAGCAUCGCCACCAUGGACAUGUGUGUGCGCCACUUCAGACAAGCCUCAGGUUGUAGUGUGGAGGAAGCUCUGGAGGCCGCCUCUCUUCAUCCGGCUCAGCUCCUGAACCUCAGUCACAGGAAGGGGGCGCUAGACUACGGCUGUGACGCAGAUCUGGUGUUACUGGACGACGACUUGAACGUAAAAGCCACGUACAUUUGCGGAGAGGAAGUCUGGAGGAAGAAGACGUGAAAUCAAAAAGUCUUAAAGUCUCACGACACCGAAAGAACCAUCAGGACCCGAGCUCCAGGGCCUGAACUCAAACCGUCAGACGGGUCAGAGGUCAGAGGUCAGAGACACGCUUCUGUUCAUCACUCUGAACUUCUCCAGGAAAGAGGGAAAUUCACAAAUACUGAACCUGUUUUUAUUAUCGGAGCUGAGACAAAAUUCUAGAAAAUAAAUCAAUAAGAUGAACUCGAGCCGUAAAACCCGUCGACUCUUUACUGUGAAAUCUGUCUCUGUUCUUCCUGAUCGAGUUUUAUUUUUUAAUCUUACUCCUUAUCAGAUUAUUCAAAUUGUUUAUACGAUCUUUUAUUUUGAUAAUAAAGUUCUGUAAAUUGA